AUGUCCGGCGUCGCCUUUGCCCUCCUCGCCCUCGCCCCGCCCGCCCUCUUCGAGGACCAGGCGGGCAAGUUCGACUGGGCGCGCGAGAACGUCGGCUCCGUCGGCGCCGCCGUCUUCCGCUCCGUCGGCUCCCAGCGGCUCGCCGUCGUCGCGAGCGAGGCCGCGGUCGCCGGGAUCGACCUGCGGACGGGCGGCACCGCGUGGCGGCGCGUGCUUCCCGAGGGCGAGUCGGUGGGCGGCCUGCUUGCGCUCGGCUCCUCGGGCGUGCUCUCCACGGGCGUCGCCCACCGCGACGGCCGCGCCCACGGCUCGGUGCGGCUCUUUUCCGACUCGGGCGCGCUCCUCUGGGACGCCGUGCUCGACGCGGUGGGGGACGCGGCAGCGCCGCCCGUGACGGCGGCGACCGACGUCGCCAUCUACGCCGCGUCGGCCACCUCCGUCCUCGCCCUGCACGCCGCCACCGGCAAGGAGCUCUGGCGGUGGACCGCGCCCGCCGACAAGGCGGGCCUGCGCGUGGCGGCGCUCGUGCCACAGGGCGGAGAGGUGCGCGCGUACGGCGUGCUGGACGGGCGGCUCGCCGUCGCGACGCUCGGCGCCUCGGACGGGGCCCCCGCCUCCAAGGGCGUCGAGCUGAUCAAGGGGGAGGCGCUGCUCGGAGGCGCGCCCCUCGUCGCCGUGCCCGACGGCAGCCGGCUGGUCAGCCUCUCGGCCGACAAGGCCAAGCUGGUCGUGCACGCGGUCGGGUCGGGCAAGGCGGAGGCGCACCCGCUCGCCGCGCUCCUGCCGGCGGGCGCGGCGGCGGAGGCGCUCUCGCCCACCCCGCUCCCGGGCGGCGCCCUCCUCUCCCUCGCCGGCGGCGGAUCCGCCGUCGUCGCGCUCGGCAAGGGCAGCGCGCCGGCCCGGCUGGCCAAGCACGUCGCGCCGGCCGCGGCGGGCGGGGCGCAGGCGCUCGCGGCGGCGGAGUGGAAGGAGGGGGGCGCGCUCCUCGCCCUCGCGCGCGCCGAGGCCGGCGCCCUCACCCUGCAGACGUGCGAGCUCGCCGCCGACAGCGCGGCGUGCGAGUGGUCGGCGGCAGAGCCGCUUGGCGAGGCGGACGGCGAGCUCGGCGCGGGCUUCGCGGCGUGGGUGGGGCCGUACGCGCGCAAGGACGGGAGCACCGGCGCGCGGCUGCUCGUCCGCUCCGCCGGCGACGCGCUCGCCCUCCACGUGCGCGCCGCCGCCGCGGCCGCCGAGGGCGGCAAGGGCGAGGGCGGCCGGCUGUGGGUGCGCGAGGAGGCGCUGGCUUCGGUGAGCGGCGCGGAGCUGCUCCCGCUGCCGGCGAUCGCCAUCGACCGGGGCGCGGCGGAGCAGCGGCCCUUCUUCGGCUUCGCGCUCCCCGCCGUCGCGGACGGCAUCAAGAGCCGCCUCGAGGCGCUCCAGCGCUCGGCGGCCGAGGCGGAGGCCGAGGCGAAGCGGCUGCUGCUGCUCGGCGACGCGUACGGCUCGCGGCAGGUGGUCGUGGCGGCGACGGCGGCGUCCAAGCUCUUCGGGCUGCACUCCUCCACCGGGGCGGUCCUCUGGUCGCGCCACGUGCCCCCCCUCGCGCCUGGCGCCCCGCCGCCGCUGCUGCGCGGCCCCUUUGUCUCCGGCUCGGGCGCCACCGCGCUGGUGCACGUCGUCGCGACCGACGGCGGCCGGUGGGCGGUGCUGACGGUGGGCCCGUUCGACGGGUCCCUCGUCGGCGAGCGGCGCGAGGAGGGCGAGCUGGUCCACGCGGCGCAGCUGCCCGGCUCUGCCGCAGGCACACUCCUCCUCGUCGACGCGUCGCUCGGCGCGACGACGCACCCCGCCACGCCGGCGGCCGGGGCGGAGCUGGCGAGUCGCCUCUCCACAACCUUCUUCCACCUCGUCUCGCCGAGCCAGGUGCAGGGCUUCGGCCUCGUCGCCGCGGCCGGCGGCGGCGUCCGCGCGAGCGCGCGCUGGUCCGUCGCGCUGCCGCCGGCCGCCAGCUCACGCACCGCCUACUUUUCGCACCGCGCGGCGGUGCACUCGGCGGUGCGCACCAAGGGCGACCGCUCGGUGCUGCACAAGUACAUCAACCGGAACGUGCUCGCGGUCGGGUCGGAGGUGAAGCCGGCGGGCGGCGAGGCGCCCUACGUGCAGCUCCUCCUCCUCGACUCCGUCUCUGGCCGCCGCCUCCACUCGGCCCGCCACUCGAACUGCGCCGGCCCGCUCUCGCUGCUGCUCGGCGAGAACACCCUCCUCUACUCGUACCGUGCCGAGGGGCGGGACGGGCCGCAGACGACGCUGACGGCGGCGGAGCUGUACGUCAACUCGUCCGUCGCGAGCGGCGUCCUCUCCCUCCUUGCGAUGGGCCCGCUCGACCCCUCCCUGCGCAAGAACCAGUUCGACGCGUUUGCCGCGCCGCCGCCGCUCGUCCUCUCGCAGUCGUACGCGUUCCCGACCUCGAUCGCGGCGAUGGGGCUCACCCUCACCCAGAAGGGGAUCACGCCCAAGCAGAUGUCGGCCGCCGACAAGGAGGAGGGGCUCGUGCCCUACUCGCCCUCGCUCGGCGGCAUCAACGCGCUGCAGGUCGUCUCGCACCGGCACACGGUCGCUCGGCCGCGCGCCAUCGUCGCCGCGCCGACCGUCCUCGAGUCGACGAGCCUCGUCUUCAGCUACGGGCUCGACCUCUUCCUCACGCGCGCCGCGCCGGCGCGCACGUUUGACCAGCCGCCGCCGCGCGUGACCCGCCGCCCUCCGCCCUUUCCGCCCCCGCGGCAGCUCAAUGAGGACUUCAACAAGCUCGGGCUGCUCGGCGCCUGCCUCGGCAUGCUCGUCGCUACCGUCGCCACCAGCAUGUACUCUGCCCGCAGGGACCUCAACGCAGCGUGGGCGUGA